AUGGCAAUGAUUGCCCUCACGGGUACCCUCUGGAGGCACCUGGAUCGAUGUGGGUCAGCGCUGCAGUUGCUGCUUGACCUGACAGUAGCGUUUUACAUAGUUGAUUAUGACCUGAUGGCCAACUGCCUCGCCAAGACAGGGAUUAGUGGGACAGUGUUUCUGUGGCAGGUCUCCUUUCUCCAUGGCUGGGGACAGAGAGGGACACUUGGGGAGAGGGUGUCUCCACAUUACCCUUUGCUUCGUCUUCUGGUUGAGAUUCUAUGGCCUUUGUCAUUGUUUCUUGUCCUUGUCUGGCUGAGGAGGGCUAACCCAGUUUAUCGCCAACAUGAAUGUCAUUUCCCAAACAAGGGAAUGCCCUCUGCAGGAACUCUGCCAUGGCUACAAGGCAUUUUCUGUAACAUAAACAAUCCUUGUUUCAGAAGUCCUACCCGUGGAGAGUCUCCAGGAGUUGUGUCCAACUACAAUAAUUCAAUUUUAGCAAGAGUGUACCAAGAUGCUCAACAACUUUUACUGGAAGCCCCUGGAAUACAACUGGGCAGACUCUGGGAAGAAUUGCGCACCUUAUCCCAGUUUAUGGAAACAAUGAGGACUUAUCCAGAAAGGAUUGCAGGAAGAGGGAUAAGAAUCCAGGAUAUCUUAAAAGAUGGAGAGACCCUAAGUGAGUUUCUGCUUGUCAAUAUGGGCCUUUCUGAGACAGUGGUUUACCAUCUGAUUAAUGCACAAGUACGACCUGAACAGUUUGCCUUUGGCAUCCCAGACUUGACUUUGAAAGACAUUGCCUGCAGCCAGACCCUGCUGGACCGCUUCAUUAUAUUCGGCAGUUUUAGGGGCUUUCAAGCUGUACAUGAGGAAAUGUGUUCCCUUUCCCAGCACAGUUUACAAAGAGUGGAAGACUCUUUAUAUGCAAAUAUAGACUUCUUUAAGCUUUUCCGUGUGCUUCCUGGCGUUUUAGGCAUUAACGCACCAGGUGCUGACCUGCGCUUGUGGGGCCGAAUACUUUCUAAUGUGUCUCAAGCAGUGCAACAGCUAAUACGUAGGUCAAGUGUUCAGGAUCUUUUGUCUGUUCUGCGACCACUUCUGCAAAAUGGAGAGCCAGAAUCCUUAUGGCAGCUGAUGAGUGUUUUAUCUGAUCUUCUCUGUGGCUACCCCGAGGGAGGCGGCUCCAGAAUAAUCUCUCUCAACUGGUACGAAGAUAAUAAUUACAAGGCCUUCCUUGGCGUUGACUCUACAAAGAAGAAAUCUUAUAUUUAUGAUAACACAACCACACAAUUUUGUAAUGCAUUGAUACAAGACAUGGAAUCAAAUACUAUCACCAAAAUUGCUUGGAAUGCUGUGAAACCACUUCUGAUGGGGAAAAUCCUGUAUGCUCCUGAUUCGCCAGCUGUACGGGAGAUACUGAUAAAUGCAAAUUCCACAUUUGAAGAACUUGAGCGCCUGAGACUGAUCACUAAAGCCUGGAAAGAAGUGGGACCUCAGGUGUGGAACUUCUUUCAUGGCAGUGUGCAAAUGAACAUGAUUCGGGACACUGUGCAGAAUCCUACAGUAAAAGGUUUCUUAAAUGAGCAGCUGGGUUCUGAAGGUCUGACUGCAGAAGAUGUGAUCAGUUUUCUGCACAAUGGACCACCAGAGAGAGGAAGGGGAGGCACGGUGAAUUUUGAUUGGAGGAAUGUCUUUAAUGUCAUCAACCGAACUCUCACUACAAUUUACCAGUACCUGGAGUGCUUGAACCUUGAUAAAUUUGAAGGCUAUGCUGAUGAAGCUCAAAUCACUAAUCGUGCUGUCUACCUCCUGGAGGAAAACAAAUUUUGGGCUGGUGUUGUCUUUCCUAACCUGGACCCAGAAAGCCACCAGUUGCCACCUCAUGUGACGUACAAGAUACGUAUGGAUAUAGAUGCGGUGCAGAAAACAAACAAAAUCAAAGACAGGUACUGGGAUCCUGGUCCAAGAGCUGACCCGGUCGAUGAUUUACGUUACAUCUGGGGAGGGUUUGCCUACCUACAAGAUAUGAUUGAGCAUGGCAUUAUCAAAACCCAAACCAGUGCUGAAGUGCCUUCAGGGAUUUACCUGCAACAAAUGCCCUAUCCAUGCUUUGUAGAUGAUAUCUUCAUGAUUACUCUGAACCGUUCCUUCCCCAUCUUCAUGGUAUUGGCUUGGAUCUAUUCUGUCUCCAUGAUAGUAAAGAGCAUCGUGCUGGAGAAAGAAAUGAAACUAAAGGAGGCCAUGAAGAACAGGGGGGUCACCAACGGGGUGAUCUGGUUCACAUGGUUCCUUGACAGCUUUAUCAUGAUGGCUGUGAGCACGUUUCUCCUGACAACACUCAUUAUAUAUGGUAAAGUGCUUCACUAUAGCAAUCCCUGCCUUCUCUUCCUGUUCCUGAUGACCUUCACUACAGCCAGCAUCAUGCAAUGCUUUUUGCUCAGCACCUUCUUCUCCAAGGCUAAUCUGGCAGCUGCCUGCAGUGGAGUCAUCUACUUCACGCUGUACUUGCCCCACAUCGUCUGCUUCGCCUGGCAGGACCGGCUGACUGUUAAACUCAAGAUUAUUGCGAGCUUGCUUUCCCCUGUGGCUUUUGGGUUUGGUACAGAAUACUUGUCACGCUAUGAAGAACAAGGUCGUGGGCUACAGUGGGAUAACAUCCAAACCAGCCCACUGGAGGGAGAUCAGUACAGUUUCUUGCUCUCUAUAGUGAUGAUGCUUUUUGAUGCUUUUAUCUAUGGGUUGUUCACUUGGUACCUGGAUAACGUCUUUCCAGGAGACUACGGGAUACCACGGCCUUGGUAUUUCCCUUUGCAGCUGUCUUACUGGCGUGGAUCUGGACGGCAAAAGACUGUGAAAACAGCAACUGCUGAGGACAAAACUUCAGAGAAGGAAAGCAGUGUCCACACAAAGUCUGCAGAAGAAGAGGCGAGAAGAAGUGUACCGGAUGAGUCUGCCAAUGGAGAUGACAGUCAGAGGAUGAAGAACGGUAAAGAAACUGAGUGUAAACACAAAAGAACAAAAGAAUCCAGUGAACAGGAGACCUCUACAGCAGAGGCAAAAGACAAAGCUGAAAUGAAUACAGCCUCCUUCUUUGAAGCCGAACCUUCUGGUCUGGUCCCAGGUGUGUGCAUCCAGAACCUAGUAAAGAUCUUCCCUGGUUGCUCUAGGCCAGCAGUGGAUGGCAUGAGCAUUACCUUUUAUGAGGACCAGAUCACCGCUUUCCUUGGCCAAAAUGGAGCUGGAAAGACUACAACAAUGUCAGUCCUCACUGGUCUGUUCCCACCUACAUCUGGAACAGUACUAGUUGGUGGUAAGGACAUCCAGAUGCACAUGGACUCCAUCCGGCAGAGCUUAGGCAUGUGCCCCCAGUACAACAUCUUGUUCAAACAGUAUGCCAAAUUAUUUCUAAAGUCCUCCUUUGUUCUCUCAACCCAUCCUGUUCACAUGUUAAAAGAGUCAGUGCUUGUUCAAGUAGGGUUUAGCUGGGGCAUGCAGCGAAAGCUGUCUGUUGCUAUUGCCUUCGUAGGAGAAGCAAAGGUGAUUGUGCUGGAUGAGCCCACCUCUGGAGUUGAUCCUUAUUCCCGACGAUCUAUUUGGGAUCUGCUACUGAAGUAUCGUCCAGGGAGGACCAUCAUCCUGUCUACCCACCACAUGGAUGAAGCAGACAUCCUUGGAGACCGGGUUGCUAUCAUUUCCCAAGGGAAACUGCACUGCUCAGGAUCACCUGUUUUCCUAAAGAAUUCCUUUGGGUCAGGCUUUUAUCUCACCUUGGUCCGCAAAAUGAGAAACAUCCAGGACUGUGGAGGGAAACAUGCAAGCUCGUGCAGCCUGGGAUCCAAAUGUUCUUGUUUCUGCUCCAAUUGUGUACCAGCAAACAAAGCCGAAACUCUAGAACAGGAAUUGGACGGUGAUCUGGAUGAACUGAAUGAACUGAUCCAUCAUCAUGUUGCAGAAGCAAAGCUAAUUGAAAGCAUUGGCCAAGAGCUUGUUUACCUUCUGCCCAGUAAGGAUUUUAAUCAACGAGCCUACGCCAGUCUUUUCAGAGAAUUGGAAGAAACCCUGUCUGAUGUUGGACUCAGCAGUUUUGGCAUUUCAGACACGCCACUUGAAGAGGUUUUCUUGAAGGUUACAGCUGGAACACAAAAUGCAGGAGUCACACAGCGGAAUGAUUCCACAGGUGAAAAGGCAAAAGCUGGACGAGAAGAGGAAGCCCACCAACCUCCUCUGGCAACCAAUGGCACUUCUCGAACCCCUGUGACUCCAAAACAAGAUAGGAGUGAAGGCAAAGGGUCCAGGCAGAAUAAAGGUUACCAGCUUAUCCUUCAGCACAUCAAAGCACUUCUCAUCAAACGAUUUCACCACAGUACCCGUAGCCUUAAAGACUUCUUUGCUCAGAUUGUUCUCCCUGCUAGUUUUGUGCUGCUGGCUCUGGUCCUUACAUACCUCAUCCCACCAUUUGGUGAAUACCCCAGUUUAACUCUCCACCCCUGGAUCUAUGGACACCAGUUCAUGUUCUUCAGCAAUGAGCGGCCUGGAAGUGAUCAGAUGGCUUCUCUUACUGACGCCUUCCUAAAAAAACCAGGAUUUGGAAAUCGCUGCUUGAAGACCCAGCCCCUUCAGAAUUAUACCUGCAUUAAUACAUCAGCGGCUUGGAAGACGCCAACUGUUCCUUUUAAUGUCUCUAUCCUUUUUCGCCUCAACAAGUGGAACCCUGACAACCCCUCCCCCUCCUGCAAAUGCAGCACAGAAGAGAAACUCACUAUGCUACCUGAGUGCCCUUUGGGAGCUGGAGGACUUCCUCCCCCACAAAGGGUUCAGCGUACCACAGACAUUCUUCAGGAUCUCACACACCGAAACAUUUCUGAUUUUCUGUUGAAAACCUAUCCCAGCCUCAUAAGAAGCAGUUUGAAGAGCAAAUACUGGGUUAAUGAGCAAAGAUAUGGAGGAAUUUCCAUUGGAGGAAAACUCCCAGUCCUUGAUGUCACUGGAGAGCAAAUUGUUCGUUUUCUCAGAGAUCUUGGUCAAAUGAUGAACAUAACAGCGGGGGAAGCAUCAAUAGCUGUCGCUGAAGAAAUGUCAGAUUUUCUAAAACACAUGGAAACUGAAGACAAUAUUAAGGUAUGGUUUAACAACAAAGGUUGGCAUGCUAUGGUCAGUUUUCUCAACAUCGCCAACAAUGCAGUCCUACGAGCCAAUCUCCAUAAAAGCAAGGACCCUGAGGAAUAUGGGAUAACUGCCAUCAACCACCCCCUGAAUCUCACAAAGGAGCAGCUCUCUGAAGUCACUGUGCUGACCACCUCGGUAGAUGCUGUUGUUUCCAUCUGUGUGAUUUUUGCCAUGUCCUUCAUCCCAGCAAGCUUUGUUUUAUACCUCAUCCAAGAAGAAGUUACGAAAGCCAAGCAUCUCCAGUUUGUCAGUGGUGUGAGCCCUGUCGUCUACUGGUCCACCAAUUUCCUUUGGGACAUAGCGAAUUAUACUGUGAGUGCUGCCCUAGUAAUUGCAAUAUUCAUUGGUUUCGACAAGAAAGCUUACACAUCACCAAGCAACCUCCCUGCACUUAUAGCUUUGCUACUUCUAUAUGGAUGGGCCAUAAUUCCAAUGAUGUACCCAGCUUCCUGCUUCUUCAGUAUUCCCAGCACCGCUUACGUUGCCUUGUCUUGCAUUAACCUCUUCAUUGGUAUCAACAGUAGUGCCAUUACAUUUAUCCUGGAGCUCUUUGAAAACAAUCCAUCUUUGCUGAAAUUCAACAAAACACUGAAAAACAUUCUCCUAGUAUUUCCUCAUUUCUGCCUGGGCCGUGGACUCAUUGACCUGGCUAUGAACCAGGCAGUAACUGAUGUGUAUGCUCGAUUUGGAGAAGAGCAUGCUCUGAAUCCGUUUCACUGGGAUUUUGCUGGAAAGAACAUGGUUGCUCUGGCAGUGCAAGGGGUUGCUUAUUUUCUUCUGAAUCUUCUGUUGCAACAUAAUUUCUUCUCUACAGGAUGGCUGCCUCAAAAUACCCUGAUGCCUAUUGCGGAUGAAGAUGAGGGUGUUGCAGAAGAAAGACAACGAAUAAUGAAUGGAGGCAGCAAAACAGAUAUCUUGACAUUACAAGGGUUGACCAAGAUCUAUAAAGGUAGAUGCACACCAGCUGUGGAUCAACUAUGUGUUGGCAUUCGUCCUGGAGAGUGCUUUGGUCUCCUGGGAGUGAAUGGAGCUGGCAAGACAACAACAUUCAGAAUGCUGACUGGGGACACUAAAGCAACCUCUGGCGAUGCUACAGUGGCAGGCUACAGCAUAUUGACUCAUCUCUCUGAUGUUCAUCAAAACAUGGGCUACUGCCCACAGUUUGAUGCUAUUGAUGAUCUGCUCACAGGAAGAGAGCACUUGUACCUUUAUGCCCGUCUGCGUGGUGUCCCAGAAGCAGAAGUGAAAAGGGUAGCAGAGUGGGGAAUUGAGAAGCUUGGUCUCUUGACAUAUGCAGAUCAGUUGGCAGGCACCUACAGCGGUGGCAACAAGCGCAAGCUCUCCACUGCCAUUGCGCUGAUAGGCUGCCCUCCUUUAGUCCUUCUGGAUGAGCCAACUACAGGUAUGGACCCUCAAUCUCGACGUUUCUUAUGGAACUCAAUUGUCAGCGUGAUCAGAGAGGGAAGAGCUGUUGUUCUGACCUCACACAGCAUGGAAGAAUGCGAGGCACUCUGUACACGCCUGGCUAUCAUGGUUAAGGGGACCUUCAAAUGCCUGGGCACCAUUCAGCAUCUCAAAUACAAAUACGGAGAUGGCUACAUUGUUACCAUGAAAAUCAAGGCCCCUAAACCUGGACUACCUCCAGAUCCAAGUCUAGCUGAGCACUUCGUACAGCUGAACUUCCCCGGGAGCAUACUGAGAGAGAAGCACUACAACAUGCUUCAGUACCAGAUAUGCGCCUACUCACUGGCCAGGAUCUUCCGAUUAAUUCUCUCCAACAAGGACUAUCUGAAUAUUGAAGAAUAUUCUGUCUCACAAACUACUCUAGAUCAGGUUUUCGUGAACUUUGCUAAACAGCAGACGGAGGAUCAGGAAAUUCCUCUUCACCCUCGUGCAGCUGGUGCUAACAGACAGGCGAAGGUGACCCCUGCUUCCUCUCAGCAUACAAGAGCAUAA